ACUGUCAUGAAUAUUCUCCCUUUCAGGUGUCACAAAAACUUCAAACGAGUCCCAAAAUUUCGAGCUCAACGUUCGUUGCUACCCAGGAACAAUUGUUGAAAUUGCAAAAUUACCAAUAGCGCGCAGAAAAGCAGCCAUGGCAGAAGCACUCCCAGGAGCAGAAGCCAGUACAGGAGCAGAAGCCAGUCCAGGAGCAGAAGCAGCAUCUGGCGAGGAGGUGGACAACAGCUGGUGCCUGAUUGAGAGUGAUCCGGGGGUCUUCACCGAGCUGAUUCGCGGAUUCGGCUGCACUGGUGCCCAGGUGGAGGAGAUAUGGACCCUGGACGCCGACGCCUUCCAUCACCUGGAGCCCAUCCAUGGCCUGAUCUUCCUGUUCAAAUGGGUGCAGGACGACAAGCCCGCCGGUCGCGUGGUCAAGGACCGGGAUGACAUCUUCUUCGCCCGCCAGGUGACCACGAAUGCCUGUGCUACCCAGGCCCUGCUCAGCCUGCUGCUGAAUCUCCGCCAUCCGGACAUCGAUUUGGGCAACACCCUGAACGGCUUCAAGCGCUUCUGCCAGGACCUGGAUCCGGUGAGCCGGGGCCUGUGCCUGGGCAACGAGCAGAAGAUCCGCGAGGUGCACAACUCCUUCGCCCGGCCGGUGCUCUUCGAGCUGGACAUUCGCCCGGCGCCGCCAGAUGACGAUAUCUACCACUUUGUGGGCUACAUGCCCAUCAAGGGACGCCUCUUCGAGCUGGACGGCCUGCACGAGGGUCCCAUCGAGCUGGCCGAGAUCGGCAAGAAGCAGAACUGGCUGGACGUGGUGAGACCCAUCAUCGAGGCCCGCAUGCAGCGGUACAGCGUGGGCGAGAUCCACUUCAACCUGAUGGCCCUGGUCUCGGACCGCCAGCGGUGCUACGAGCGGCAGAUCCAACUGCUCGUCCACCAGCCCUCGCCGCUGAGUCACUCGGAGCGCCAGGCGGAGAUCGCCAGCCUGCGGACCUAUGUGAAGUUCGAGCAGGACAAGAAGCGUCGCUACCGGCAGGAGAACCUCCGGCGGCGCCACAACUACCUGCCCUUCAUCGUGGAGCUGCUGAAGCAGCUGGGCGAGACCGGCCAACUGAUGCCCAUCUACGAGAAGGCCAAGCAGCGGGCCCUGCAGAGCCAGGCCUCCGCCAGCCAGAAGGCGAAGCAAGCCAAGGCACCGUGAUCUAAAGAAUUCGCGAUCCAAAUUUCGACGUCAGCCCAUCCACACCGAAAUUCUCAGACAUUAUACACUUGAUUUUGCACAAUUUAAGGCGGUCGGAGCUCAUCAUCAGUAUAAGAUUUAAAUAUGCCUGCUAAAAGAAAAUUACAGAAAAAUGUAGAACUGUUACCCAAAA